AUGACCUGGAUAAACUGCACCCUACCAACAGAAUUCAUGCUUGUUGGCCUUUCUGAAAUUCCCAGUCUACAAAGCCUACUUUUUGUGAUGUUUUUUAGUAUUUAUAUUGUAACUUUACUUGGAAACAUAUGUAUUAUUUUUGCUUAUCAGUACAGCUCGAACCUCCACACCCCUAUGUACUUCUUCCUUGCCAACUUUUCCUUUUUGGACAUAUGUUACAUCUCAACGACUGUACCCAACAUGUUGUAUAACUUUCUUCAUGGGCACAAUGCAAUAUCUUUUUAUGGGUGUGUUGUACAGUUAUACUUUCUAAUGUUACUGGGCAGUACAGAGUGUUAUAUCCUAGCAGCCAUGGCCUAUGACCGCUACAAUGCAAUAUGCCGUCCUCUUCGUUACACAAUUAUUAUGAAUAAAGUUGCAUGUACAAACUAUGUGUUUGGGUCAUGGGUUAUUGGUAUAGGGAACUCUGUUAUACACACCACACUUACAUUCACCUUGCCAUUCUGUAGUUCAACCAAAAUUAAUUACUUUUUUUGUGAUAUCCCUCCCUUACUUAAUUUGGUUGAAGCUGAUACCAGCAUCAACGAACUUGCUACUUUUAUUAUCGGUGGCUUUGUCACCAUGGGUUCUCUUCUGCUGACGAUAAUUUCGUAUUCGAUGAUCAUCUCAACCAUUGUGAAGAUCAAUUCCAGCUCUGGACGGAAGAAAGCCUUUUCAACCUGUGUGUCUCAUUUUACCGUUGUCACUAUAUUUUACGGUUCUGGAAUUUUUAUAUACUUAAAACCAAAAUCAAAUUAUAUCAUGGACUACGACCGACUUGUGGCAGUCAUGUACACCGUCAUUGCACCGCUAUUAAACCCUUUUAUAUACAGUCUGAGGAAUAAUGAUGUUAAGGUGGCGGUUAGGAAGUUAGUCUGCGGGGGAGUAACUGCUCAUAAGUACUGA